AGUCAAAUGACGUAUGGUUCUCCGAUGUGCUUCGAUUAACCUGGGCAUCGCCAUCACCUGACCAUGGGAAAUUCCCUCUCUUGAGAAACUCAAGCAUAAUUUAUAAAAAUGAAGUCGAUUGAUAAAACUAAAACGUUUAAAAUAUAAACAUAAAGCAUGGCUAUUGCAUACAAACUUAUGUUAUAAACUUUAAUUUGUUUAUCAGGUAAUCAUGCUGUAACCUUUUGGUUUAUAGUUCCUCAAGCAUUAUAUCAGCGUUUAUGCAGAAUGGAAAAUGAAAGUUGCUGAGCAAGCCUUUAGAAACAAAACAGUGUUUUGAGGUGGGGCAUUAUCGAUGCCCUAUAGGCUAAGGCAUCUACCCUGAGAACACUUCAAUUUUGGUGUGACUUUCAGACUCAAGAAAACCAGUUUCAGAAAAGAAACGAAAGAAAGAUAAGAGCGAAAAAGAUUUGACAUUCUCGACUCGUGAUGGAGAUAAUCGUAAAGGGAUUCAAUGGAAACACAGAACGUCUGACCGUGGACUGUGAUGCCACAGUUGGUAAACUGAACCAGCUCAUCUCGCCGCUCUUCAGUGUGCGACCUUUUCAACAGAAGCUGUCUGCAAAUAAUGGUCAAAAAACCAACCUUGAUGAUGAUUCCAGAAGCCUCAGUAGCUACGGUCUGCACUCGGGGUCCACCAUAGUGCUCCUCAUCACGAACCCUGUACCUAUACAGGUGUUUGUUAAGAAUGAGGAUGGCCGGCCAGGUACUUACGAAGUUGACCCCGAUGAGACAGUAGACCAGCUCCAAGCCAAGAUCUACAACAAGGAAAGAGUACCUGUGGAUCAGCAGAAGCUCAUUUACAAUGGUAAACAACUGAUGUCUGGCAAGAAGUUGCAGGAGUACGACAUCAAACCUAAAAGCACAAUUUUCAUGACACUCCGUCUCCGAUCUGGUUAAUGAAGAAAAGUCAUGACCAGAAUUUAUUGUUGUAUAAGGAUUAACGUUGUCAAGCCUAACACUGGUAUUGUAGUACUUUGGAUCUAUUUAAAUCUUGGAGGAUA